AUGGAUAAAGGAAAUGAUUCUGUCAUUACUGAAUUCAUUCUUCAGGGAUUCACAGACAAUCCCAAAAUGCAACUUGUACUUUUUUUUAUCUUCCUCUUAAUUUAUCUCAUUGCUGUGUUAGGGAAUAUUGGGAUGAUUCUACUGAUAUGCACUAACACUCAACUUCACAAACCCAUGUAUUACUUCCUGGGCAACCUCUCCUUUGUUGAUCUCUGUUGUUCCUCAACUGUUGCUCCUAGAAUGCUGAUUGAUUUAUUAAGUGAAACUAAAAUAAUUUCCUACAAUGCCUGUGCUACUCAGCUCUUUUUCUAUGUGUUUUUUGUAGACGUAGAGUGUGUUUUGUUGGCUGUGAUGGCCUAUGACAGGUAUGUGGCCAUCUGUAAUCCACUACUCUAUUCAGCGAUAAUGUCCAAAACUCUCUGCCAACAAUUGAUUACUUUUGCAUAUUGCAUAGGCUUAAUGGAUACAAUAGUAUACACUUCCUCUACAUUCCUACUCACAUUCUGCAGGUCAAAUCUUAUUAAUCAUUUCUUUUGUGAUAUGCCUCCACUGUUUGUACUCUCCUGUUCUGACACCUCUGUUAAUGAGCUUGUGCUGCUUAUCAUCGAUGGAUUCAUUGAAGCAUGCAGCAUUUGUAUGAGUCUUAUAUCCUAUGUUUAUAUUGUGGUUACAAUCCUAAGAAUGAACUCCGCUGAGGGCAGGCGCAAGGCAUUUUCCACCUGUGCUUCUCACCUGACAGCUGUUGGGAUAUUCCAUGGGACCAUUGUCUUCAUGUACAUCCGGCCCACCUCCAGCUAUUCCAUGGACCAAGAUAAAUGGGCCUCUAUGUUCUACACAGUUGUGAUCCCCAUGCUCAACCCUUUGAUCUACAGCCUGAGGAACAAGGAGGUGAAAGAUGCUCUGGUAAAAUCAGUGGAAAGAGCAAAAAUUUCAGUGUCUAUUUCACCAGUGUGA